UCAAUCAAAACGUAAACACCCACCCAUGUGUUGAUGUCUGCCGUGGCAGUAUAUUUACGCAGAAGUGUUCCUAACCGUAAGGACAUCGUACCAUCGCCACGAAAUCAAACCAAACACAACCAGCUAUUCAACUGACCAGCCAACAAUUGCGCCAUGAACGGAGAAACUAAUUUUGAGGCGUGUAAUGGGGUGGUAGCAGACAGUCAGGAUAGCCUGGACGUGUAUGUGAUGGAUCCGAAGACCACAAAUGAGGAGGAGGAGGAGAAUGUAGAGGUCCAUGAUGAGUUCUGUGACCCCAACAACCCACAGGCCAUCAAGUUCCAGGAUGUCAGUGCUGCUGCCUACAAAAUCAAAGGAGGCAUCCAAAAAACACCAUGCACAAAAUCUCAGAUGUCAAACCUGUUUGGAAUGUCCUUAUACUUCAAGAAAGAGUUUUUGCAGUACACAGGAAGUUUCAAGGAGCGAGGAGCGAGAUACACUCUGCUACUACUGUCCGAUGAACAGAAGAAGAAGGGUGUGAUUGCUGCCAGUGCCGGCAACCAUGCUCUGGCACUGGCAUUUCAUGGCAAUGACCUGGGCAUUCCAGUCACCGUUGUCAUGCCAAUUGUGGCACCACUCAUGAAAGUAUCAGCUUGUCGACAUUAUGGUGCCACUGUACUAGUGAAAGGACAAGAUAUUGCUGAGUCGAAGGUAGUAGCAAUGAAUAUUGGAAAGACGAAGGAUCUGCUAUACAUUAACGGGUAUGACCACCCCCACAUUCUGGCUGGCCAGGGGACCAUGGGGCUGGAGAUAGUGGAGCAGGUGCCCGACCUUGAUGCCUGUAUCAUCCCUGUCGGAGGGGGGGGCCUCAUUGCAGGGACUGCGCUGGCCAUCAAGAGCCUUCAUCCAAAUGUGCAGAUCAUUGGUGUGGAAUCGGAAAAAUGUGCCAGUUUUUCAGCAGCUCUUAAAGCAGGGAAGCCUGUCUACACCAAAAUAACCUCAACCUUGGCUGAUGGUCUAGCUGUGCCAGAAGUUGGGGUCAAUGCUUUUGCAACAGGGAAACCUCUCAUUGACAAAAUGGUUCAAGUCAAGGAGGAAAAUAUUGCUUUGGCAAUCCUGCGUCUCAUCGAGCUGGAGAAGGCGGUGGUUGAAGGUGGGGCCACAGGGCUAGCAGCCAUUGUUGAGGGACUGCUCCCUGAACUGGCUGGCAAAAAAGUGGUUGUGGCCCUUUGUGGUGGAAACAUUGACACAACAGCUCUUGGACGUGUCAUUGAAAGAGGCCUAGCUGCUGAUGGACGAUUGGUCAGAUUUGUUGUCACGGUUACUGACAGACCUGGAGGUAUUGCAGAGCUCACUCGUCUUAUAGCAGACAAGGGAGUCAGUAUUAAGGACAUAUUCCAUGAGAGAGCUUGGCUGAAAAGUGAUGUCUUCGCAGUGCAGGUGAAGUGCGUUGUUGAAACACGAGACGCUGAUCACACAGAGGAGCUGGAGCAACUGCUACGUUCUCACUACAGCUAUGUAGCAUGGGGACCAAUCUACUUCUAGUAGAUUCUUCUCCACUACCGUCCCUCCUUACAGUCUAUCAAUGUAGAUAUAAGUGUAGCACUGAGACAAAACCAGUCUUCCAGUAAAUCAGUGUAGCACUGAGGCCAACCAACCAUUUAGUAUAUCAGUGUAUCGCUGAAGCCAGCCAAACCUCCAGUAUAUCAGUGUAGCACUGAGGCCAACCAACCAUUUAGUAUAUCAGUGUAUCGCUGAAGCCAGCCAAACUUCCAGUAUAUCAGUGUAGCACUGAGGCCAACCAACCAUUUAGUAUAUCAGUGUAUCGCUGAAGCCAGCCAAACUUCCAGUAUAUCAGUGUAGCACUGCCAACCAACCAUUUAGUAUUUCAGU